AUGGCCAGUAUAUUCACCGAUGAUGAGAAAAAACAAUUCAAGGAGGUAUGGAAAUUGUUCGAUAAGGAUGGUACUGGAACAGUCGCAAAUAAGGACGUCGGAACAAUGAUACGAGCUGCGGGAGAGAACCUUACCGAGGGUGAGGUUAUGGAUCAUGUCGCCGACACUGGCGGUUCCGUUGAUUUCAAUUCUUUCCUUGAGAUGAUGGCGAAGCAGUCAGCGGCGAGCAAAGACUCUGAGGAAGAAAUCGUAGAAUGCUUCAAGGUUUUUGACCAGGAGGGAAAAGGAUACAUUGCGGUAUCAGAAUUGAAGCACAUCAUGACGAGCCUUGGAGAGAAACUCGACGACGAUGAGGUUACCGAAAUGGUUUCUGAAGCUACUAUUGAGGACGGUAAAGUGAAGUAUGCAGAAUUGGUCAAGAUCUUGAUGGCCGGUUAA